AUGACGACAAACGUCUCCCCUCACAUACCCUACAUAAAGAAGUGCCUCUCCCUAGCUGAACAAUCACCACCCCGUCCAACAAACUUCCGAGUCGGCGCCCUCUUGCUCUCCCGCCAAGACAACGACCCAAUUUUCGCCGACGACCGCAUCCUCUCAACAGGCUACACAAUGGAACUAGCAGGUAACACCCACGCCGAGCAAUGCUGUUUCUCCAACUACGCAGCGGUACACAAAGUUGCAGACGACCAAAUCAGCACAAUCCUCCCCGCUGAGGCUGGCCGCAAGCUUAUCAUGUACGUAACGAUGGAGCCGUGCGGAAAACGGCUAUCGGGGAAUGCGCCGUGUGCGCAGCGUAUUGCGCGGACGACGGAGGGCGGUAGAGAAGGCGUUCAUAAGGUUUAUUUUGGAGUUAAGGAGCCGAAGACUUUUGUGGGUGAGUCUGAGGGGUGUAGGAUGAUGACUGAGGCGGGCAUUGAGUGGGAGCAUGUCUCUGGAUUGGAACGGGAGAUUUUGUCGGUUGCUUUUGCUGGUCAUGAGAAUGGGGAGGAGGAGGUUAGGGCUGCUCUUGGUGAGAAGGGCACUAAUGUUGAUGAUAUUAGUCCUGAGGAGAGGAGAAGGCAAGAGGAGGCCCCGCGGAAUCCAAAGAAGAGGAUGAUGGAGGGGGAAAUUUCUCUCUAUUGA